AUGGUGUUGUGGGAAUUGUUGCUAUUGCUUAUGAAGAUACCUCAGACUAGAUUCUGGGAUGAUACUGCUAGUUGUGUUAUCCAUGACCCCAUUGGUACUUCUCAUAAAUACUACAAGAUUGGUGAGCUCAUGAUUGGUGAGAUUGCUUCUCAGAUGAUGAUAUUUUUGGAUGAAUAUUCCUUCUUUGAAUAUCCCAUUCCUGAUUCUGACAAUCCCAGUGUUGUGACAAAGAAUUACCAGUAUGUCCUGGCCUUGGCAUUUGCUGUAAGUGAGAUCAAUAAUAAUCUCCAGAUUUUACCCAAUGUCUCCUUGGGAUUCCACAUAUCUGAGAGCUACUUCAAUCCAAGGAGAUUAUAUCAGAUCACAAUGCAUUUUCUUUCCACACAGUAUAGAUUCAUCCCCAACUAUAAGUGUGAUAUUCAGAAUGAUCUGAUAGCAGUCAUUGGAGGACUGGGCUCUGAAAUCUCUCACCAUUUGCCUAACAUUUUGGACAUCUACAAGAUGCCACAGUUCAGCUAUGGUAAUUUUGCUCCCAUGCAAAGGGAUCAAACCCAUUCCUGGUAUUUAUACCAAAUGGUUCCAAAUGAAAUCCAUCAGUACAAGGGGAUUAUCCAGUUACUUCUGCAUUUCAGCUGGAUGUGGGUGGGUCUAAUGACCAUGGCUGAUGGAGAUGGAGAAUUAUUUCUGCAAAACCUGCUACCAAUGCUUUCUCAGAGUGGCAUCUGUUCUGCCUUCACAGAGAAAAUUCCCCUAGUGUUCUUUUUUGAAGACUUCUUAAAUUUGCAAGCAAGCUGGAACAAAAUAUUUGUAAAUGUUAUGGAAAGUAAAGCCAAUGGUAUUGUUGUCCAUGGAGAAACCAAGACCAUGAUAUGUUUGAGAGAGUUGCUUCAUGAAGGACAAGCUGAGUAUAAGAAAACAUUUGGUAAAGUGUGGAUUAUGGCUUCCCAGAUGGAUUUUGCUGCACUGGCCUUUCAAAAGGCAUGGGAUAUAGAUACCUUCCAUGGUGCCUUAGCCUUUGCAGCUCACUCACAUGAGGUGCCAGAAUUCCAUUUGUUUCUUCAGAAUUUAAGGCCUCAUAUGACAAAGGGAGAUGACUUCAUCCAAACAUUCUGGGAGCAAGCAUUUAGUUGUUCAUUUCCAAAUUCCAAUUUUAAUAGGGAUGAUGUGGAAACCUGUACUGGGGAAGAGAGACUAGAGAGCCUUUCUGGGCCUUUCUUUGAAAUGAGUAUGACUGGUCAUAGCUACAGUAUCUACAAUGCAGUCUAUGCUUUGGCAAAUUCUCUACAUGCCAUGUAUUCAUCCAGAUCCAGAUCCAGAAUAAUGGUCACCAGAGAGAGGCUUAAAUAUACAAAAAUGGAGCCAUGGAAUGUAAUUGGUCUUGAAAAUUCUUAUCUCCAUCCUUUUCUGAGGAGAUUCUCAUUUAACAACGGUGCUGGAGAAACGGUACAUUUAAAUGAGAAUGGGGAAUCAGCAAUGGGGUUUGAUAUUACAAAUGUGAUCACUUUCCCAAAUAACUCAUUUCAUAGAGUGAAAGUUGGAAGGAUGAAUCCUUGGGCUCUUUCAGGAGAAGAUUUCAGCAUUGAUGACAAUGCCAUUACAUGGCCUAGAAGCUUUAACCAGAUUCAUUUUGGUCCAGAAAAGAAAUCAAUCCAGCAAAUACCAACUGGCAUUUGCUUUUGUUCUGGAAUGGUGAUUCCCCUUUCUCUCUGUAAUGACAAAUGUCGUCCUGGUUAUCAUAAGAGAAGAAAAGAAGGGAAGCCAUUUUGCUGUUAUGAUUGUGUUCCAUGUCCACAAGGGAAGAUUUCUCAUCAGAAAGACUUAGAUUCCUGCACCACAUGCCAAGAAGAUCACUAUCCAAAUGGGGAACAGAAUCAGUGCAUUCCUAAGGAAGUAAUUUUUUUGUCUUAUGAGGAACCUUUGGGGAUGGGUUUUGCUAUUUCUGCACUUUUAUUUUUUUUUAUCACAGCUCUGGUGCUAGCAACCUUUGUAAAGCACCACAACACUCCCAUUGUCAAAGCCAACAACCGGAACCUCACCUAUACCCUCCUCAUCUCCCUCCUCCUCUGCUUUCUUUGUGUUUUGCUGUUCAUUGGGCAGCCUGAGAAGGUGAAGUGUCUUCUUCGACAAGUGGCAUUUGGCAUGGUCUUCUCAGUGGCUGUGUCUUGUGUGCUAGCAAAAACCAUCACUGCUGUUCUGGCUUUUAUGGCCACAAGUCCAGGAAGUAACAUGAGGAAAUGGGUGGGGAAAAGAGUGGCCAGUUCCAUUGUUCUUUCCUGCUCCCUUAUUCAAGUAGUCAUUUGCACUGUGUGGCUGGUUUCUUCUCCCCCUUUCCCAGAUGUCGACAUGAAAUCUGUGGCUGGAGAAAUUGUCCUGGAAUGCAAUGAGGGAUCUGUGGCUAUGUUUUACUGUGUCCUGAGCUAUAUGGGCUUCCUGGCUUUUGUGAGCUCCAGUGUAGCUUUCCAGGCCAGGAAGUUACCAGGUACUUUUAAUGAAGCCAAGUCAAUCACUUUCAGCAUGCUGGUAUUUUGUACUGUUUGGUUAUCCUUUGUCCCAAACUACUUGAGCGAAAAGGGGAAAUACAUGGUAGCUGUGGAGAUCUUUUCUAUCUUGGCUUCUAGUGCUGGCCUUCUUUGUUGCAUUUUCUUCCCUAAAUCCUACAUUAUUCUGAUGAGGCCAGACUUGAACAAAAGAGAUCAACUAAUAAAGAGGAAGAACUUACACAUCUAG